AUUAGAAGUGACUCAGUUAAACUUCCCUCCUGUCCCAGAUGGUGGCAAUGUAACAGAUAGAAAAGGGAAAAGUUUCAACACCAGUUGCUUAGCUGUCAGUUAACCUCCCUUUGGUGUUUACAGUGCUCUCCGGUAUAUGUAGUACAGUGGUCGCUAUUGAGUCAGGGUCUAGUGGCUGAUGGACUCCAAAUCCCAGCUUGCUUUGUGCAAACCAUGUGACGUUUUGCGGGUAUAGUUGAGGGAGGAUAUAUAUAUAAUGUAAAAAAAAGUUGGAGUCAAUGUUUUUACUACAAGCCGCAGAGUUGGAGGCGGGGGACGCCUCUGCUUAUAAUCAGUGCUCUGGGAGUUCAGCAAACUCUCUUAAGCCUCAGCAAGUCACAAGAGGAGCUCUCCUUGUUUCGUUCAUGGCACUUGCUCUCUGCAGCAACAACUUUCGGAACCAGGAGCAGCAGAGAAGGAAUCGAGCUACUGCGAAGGAGCUUCAACUCCAGGGGAGUUUGGGUCGAGGGGCGAGCCGUGUCUUGCGUCUGGGAGCCUGCAUUUCUAAGUUCACCUCCCGGGGACGAGGCUGUUAGACCUCACAGAGAGGGGGAGGGCAAGACCCAGGAACAAGGGCUUGUGUUAGAGACAGAUAGACAGACGCAGACGAACAGCAAUGGACCCCGAGGUCCCAGAGAAAGCCCUGCAGCAGCCCGGCGAGUGCUGGCGGUUCUCGGUCCUGUACCUAUGCUUUUAUGGGUUCAUGGCUCAGAUUAAACCAGCGGAAAGCUUCAUUACUCCUUACCUGCUGGGUCCGGACAAAAACUUCACCAGGGAACAGGUGAGUCCCGGUUGCUCUCAGGGACGGCAGGAAUCGAUAACACGAACGGGCUCUUUUUUUUACAUAAAAAAAAGAAACUAAAUAGCUCGCUGUCAAUCAUUGUUCACAUUCCAGUGAAGCACCUACGAACAUUUUAUCCAGCGAUGCCUCAUCGGUACAACUUGUUGGUAAAUAACACGGGGGGAAUGUGGUUCCCACUGGUGAUAAAACUCAGGAUGGAGGAACAUUUUUCUUUGAGUACAUGGCUGCUUAUGUUUAAAAACAAAGCUCUGAAAGUUGCCCUUCAGGGACAAUUGAACUGGAGAAAUAGCUACUCAGGAAUGGGGUUUUGUUUUAAAAAAAACAAAAACACUUGUUUUCAGAUAUAUCUGAGGAAGGGUCUAGGCCCGAAACGUCAGCUUUCCUGCUCCUCUGAUGCUACUUGGCCUGCUGUGUUCAUCCAGCUCUACAUCUUGUUAUCUCACUUGUUUUCAGAUGGCAUCCUUUGCAACUUUGGAGUGUCCAAAACCACUAUUUUCAAAUAAAAUACCAAUGCAAUACUUUUUGAAGUGUGGUUACCCUUGUAAGCUGACCAACGAGAUCACGCCUGUGUUGUCGUAUGCCUACAUGUCAGUGCUGGUCCCGGUCUUCCUGCUGACGGACUAUCUGCGCUAUAAGCCAGUGCUGAUCCUGCAGAGCCUCAGUCAUGUGGCCAUCUGGCUCUUGCUGCUCUUUGGCACCACCGUGCUGCAGAUGCAGUUCAUGGAGUUCUUCUACGGCAUCACCAUGGCCGCCCGGGUGGCCUACUCCUCGUACAUCUUCACCCUGGUCAGCCCGCAGUCCUACCAGAAGGUGGCGAGCUACUCGCGUUCUUCCGUGCUCAUGGGGGUCUUUGUCAGCUCGGUGCUAGGCCAGCUCUUCGUCACCCUGGGCGACGUGCCCUUCCUCACCUUGAACUACAUCUCGCUCGGCUUUGUCACCUUCGCCUUCACCCUGACCCUCUUCCUCAAGAGGCCCAAGAGGACCAUGUUCUUCAACAGGAGGCAGGCCGUGGCGGCCAAUGGCGUGCUGCGUUCCGAGGCCGAGGCGGUCAACGCCACCUCCAUCUCGCUGGUGGCCGAGAAGCAAAGUCCCCCCCGAGGCUGGCAGUGGCGGGAUUUGGCGCUGAUCAAGAUGAUCCUGGAACUGAAAGAUACGGUUCGAUCACCGCAGUUGAAGCUGUGGUCUCUGUGGUGGAUUUUUAACUCCACCGGUUAUUACCUGGUGGUUUACUACGUGCAGAUCCUGUGGGAUAACAUUCACCCGUCCAGGGAAAACCGAGGCGUCUACAAUGGAGGUGUGGACGCUGCCGCAACCCUGCUAGGUGCCAUUGCAUCUUUCUCAGCGGGCCACGUCAAGUUGCGGUGGUCACUGUGGGCGGAGCUGGUGAUUUUUGUCAUCACUGCGCUUCAGGCUGGACUCCUCUUCCUCAUGAACACCACCACCAACAUCUGGGUUUGCUACGUGGGCUUCGUCCUGUUCCGGAGCAGCCACCAACUCCUGGUUCCCAUAGCAAUUUUUCAGAUCGCCAUGUCGUUGUCCAAGGAGCUCUGCGCGCUGGUAUUUGGUAUCAACACGUUUUUGGCCACCAUCUUGAAAACCAUCAUUACGCUGAUCAUCGCUGACAAACGCGGCCUGGGACUGCACGUGAACAACCAGUUCUAUUUCUACAUUGGCCACUUCUCACUGUUGGCGAGCAUCUACCUGGGGAGAGGCCUGUAUGUUUUAGCCAGGCACCAGCGGGAGCAGAAGGCCCGAAGCCCACAGAAGGAGGAUGAGACCAACAACGGUUUGGUGACGGAGAUGAAUGGGACGGGAGGCUGCGCCCACCCAACCUGCUCGAAGGCCUGAGGGUGAGAUGCAGACCACGAGGGGCAGGGUUGCGGAAGGGCUAGGGAUCUCCUGUUUUGUUCCUGCCACCAGCCCCCCCCUCCCCCCCGCAACUCUCAAUCUUAACGGUGGGCGGGUAGGGUUGAAAAUGUUUUGAGUGUUUGUUUAAAAUAGUGUGGAAGCGAUUGAAUGCAAUUAAGACAGCAGUAAGGCCACGUCUCUGAGUGCUGGCCUCUUUGGAAAGUACCCAGAAUGAUCCCAAGAUGCAGCAUUCUCUGCAUAACUACAACUAGCUGGACUGUACUGAUGCAGAAGGUCAGGAAGCACUCUUUCUCCCCACCCCCCCAGCGACACUUUAGGACACAGGCUGGGCUGAGCAUUUACUGCCGUCCUUCCCCACCGCCCCCCUUCCUCAGCACCGCAGCUUCCGUGCAGACCUGGGCACCAAUCCCCAGCCUUUGAACUGGUGCUAACUUAACACGUGACCUUCUUGCAGGACGGCAUGGCAUCGAAAGGGAGUAGGCACGUGGCUCAUCCAACCUCUGACCUUGCCACCCCACCCGACAUGCCCUGGUUUGGCCAAGGGCUGUUUCCUGGGGGAAAAUGCCGUGAAAUGACCCAAACCAGCUCAGUGCCAGUGUGAACGUCAAGAAAUAGGCCGUGACCACAGAGACUGGGCAGAGACAGGAGUACACAGUGUUAAAUUAUGAUUGACGCUCAUGCAUUUCCACUGCCAACUUGAAUUCGGGAAAGAGACUUAGGGUUUACACUACAACCCCCCCUCGAGUAUGAACUAAUAUUUCAAUCAGUUCAAAUUAUGCACUUUAACUUUUGAGGGGGUGGGGUUUGGGAGACAAACAUGAUUAAUCCUUGUGUUUAACUCUUUAACGUCGCUAGCGCAUCAUGUCAGUGCUAGGUCAGUACUCUAUAUAUUGACCUAAUUGUCAUUGGCCUAACUGAUGGACACGUUGCAUGUGGGCAGUAGCUGUGUUCAUGUUGGGAACAGGGAUCACCAAGACACUGACCAUGGCACAUGGAUCUGACUUUCUUCACAUGUAAUGGAUCCGAAACCUGCGCUUAUCCAUGACCCACUCUACACAGCACCUUCACCAGCAGGCACAAAAGGGUUUUUUUUUGUCCUUGGCAAUGAUGGCAUCAGACCAAUUUUCCAAGCCAGUGUUCCCACCGUAAUAAUUACGGAAGUGGGAAGGAGGUUGGAAAAGAGGAUCAUUUGUGAAACAGAGCAAAUCUUUGGAUGCAGACACCAAAACUAGCUCCGUUUGCACGAAUGAUAAGAAUUAAGUUUUGAACCGAUUUGCCUCUAGUCUUCAUAGUGUAGUGUUUUAUACGUAAUCGAUUAACAACAGGUGAAAAAAAAAUCUUUUCACCUUGUACAUAAUGGAUAGUGUUGUUCAAUGAUACCAUGGGGUUCUGAUUCCUGAUAGCAUCAAGAGUGGUUAGCGACAGUUCGAGUGCCUGAGUGUCAAAUCUCCUUUUGUAAAAGUAAGGACAGUAGCUGAGGCUCCUUUGGCGCUUUCUUAUUUCUUAAGCGCCUCUCGGAAAAACCUGCCGCUCCGUUCUUCAUGGUCCAUGAGGAAAGAACUCAGGGCUGUUCAGUUUGGGGAAACAUUAUAGGAAUGAGAUUGAGGACCACGUGGGUGGGGCAGAAACUGUGGCUCAUUUGGCAGAGCAGGGCGCCUCAGAAGGUGUGAUUUAUUUUUUAAGAAGCUGAAACCGGAUUGGACGUUGCGGUGUCUGCGCGCUGUGUGGUUUGCUCACUCUCUCUCUUUAGAGGUGAUCCAAUCACGUGACCUCCGACAGCCCCAUGCAAUGGCAUGCCCUGUCCUCCACCGCCCCCCCAAUGCCUUCAAUAUUAUUUUCUGACUUUUCUCCUUGGUUGCUCGCAGCAAUAGCUGAAGCUUGAAUUUUGUUUUUGUUUGAAAAGAGACCCGGGUAAUCUUGGAAGGUUGUUAAUGCUGUGAAAGCGAUUUGUCCGUGGGUGAUUGUGGGUGGUCAAGUGGUACCUUGGUGGUCUGGUAAUCCCGAACCCCAGUCCCUCUGGUUCUGGAGGCAUGGGUUUGAAUCCUCCAACAGUGCUUGGCGAAAUUUGAAUUCAACCAAAACGCUGGAUACUAAAAGUCGGCCUAAAGGUAGCCACAUAACCAAAUUUUGAUUUACCAAAUCCCACCUGCUUCACUAAAAUCCUUUUAGGAAAGGAAACCUGCCGCCUUUACCAGGUCUGAUCUACACAUGACUGUAGACCCACAGCGAUGUGGUUGGCUCUGCUGCCCUCCCUAACUGAAAAGCUGCUCAGUUA